AUGGCGCCUACAGUCCCAAGCGAGACGACGAUGAUGAGACGUGCCGCCGUCGUCGUAGGGCUCGCUUCUCUCCUGGCCGGCGUGGCAGCCACGGCCGGCGGCGCGGUCAGGUUCCGCGCGACGAAUGCCGCGUCGAGCACGGCGGGCGGCAAGCGGUUCGGCCGGGAUGUCGGCGUCGCAUACUCGAGGCGAGUGCUCUCGGACGCCUCCUCCUUCUGCUGGAAGACCUUCAACCAGCCCAGCCCCGGCCCCGGCAGCCGCAAGCCCGUCAGCUCCGUCACCCUCGUCGUCGAGGACAUUGGCGGCGUGGCCUUCACCAGCGGCAACGGCAUCCACCUCAGUGCCCAGUACGUCGGCGGCUACUCUGGCGACGUCAAGACAGAGGUUGCUGGGGUGCUGUACCACGAGGUAACGCACGUGUGGCAGUGGGACGGGCAGGGCCAGGCGAACGGCGGCCUCGUCGAGGGCAUCGCCGACUACGUGCGACUGAAGGCGGGCUACGCGCCGGGGCACUGGGUGAAGCCGGGGCAGGGGGACCGGUGGGAUCAGGGGUACGACGUCACGGCGAGGUUCUUGGACUACUGCGACUCGCUCAAGCCCGGCUUCGUCGCGCAGCUCAACGCCAAGCUGAAAGGUGGAUACUCCGACGAUUUCUUCGCGCAGAUUCUGGGGAAGAACGUGCAGCAGCUGUGGCAGGAAUACAAGGCCAAAUACGGAGCCUGAUGUGGUGUUGGUGUACCUAUAGAUGUACAUGAGGCACGGGCCCGUUAACCCGGCCCGAGGCCCGUUUUUUUGGCCCGGUUCGCGCCCGGCCCGGCACGUAUGGGAUGGGCACGGGCUGGCACGGCCCAGUGGAGCAGGCCGUGCCUGGGCCGCUGGCCAGGCACGUGGGCCGGCACGGCACGGCCUGCUCCACGCGGAGAGCCCGGUCGGGGCCCGUAGGCCGUAGCCGACGCCGCCCGUGCCCCUUACCUCCUCGCCUCCUCGCCCCAAGGGGCCCACCUCUCAGUCCCUCCGCUCGCACUCGCAUUCGCACUCGCACCCUGCUCCCUCUCUCUCUCCCGACUCGGCGGCGAUUGACUUGGCGAUUGGCGAUUCCCCUCCGACGCCUCCGUCGCGGUGCCGCCCCUGUCCAGCGACCUCGGCUCCCGUCCCCGACGCCGGUGACCUCGAUCCACCAGCUCCUCUCUAACCCCUCUCCCCUAUCCAAUCCCCUCUCUCUCGGUGAACUAUGUGAGUUCGUGUUGUCGUCUCAUCCUCCCCUCCGGCCCUCCCCAGCUCGCCGUCGUCUCUAAUCGGUCUCUGUCUGUCGUGUGUCGUCUGGGUGGCCCCCGUGUUCUCCGGCAUCGGGCUCCGGUAGCACAGGUCAGUUGCUGAUGCCUCGUCUUCCUCCUCUGGGGUAGAUCGGGCACGGUGACUGCGUGCUCCGUUGAGGGACGUUGCUGGAGAUCGGCCGUCCGCGGUGAAGGUCGCCAUGGCGGAUGAUGACGAUGUCAAUCCGGUCACCGGCAACGACGACCUUCGCGCGGCAGGGCUUGUCCCAGAUGACGAAGACGACAUCCAGGCUGACGCUGCUGCUUUGCUCGGUAUCGAUCUAACCUCUGCUCCUGUCGAUCUAAGUUCUAAUCCGACCAACGCUGGUGGAGGGCCUGCUACGGCCACCGAUACUCCGGUCGGCUCCACCAGCACCGAUGGUGGUACUGGUACCUCAUCUGUUGGUAAGCGUAAAUCUACUGUCCGGGUUGAUUUUGAUGAGGUAUUUGAGAAAGUGAAUGGGUCCAAUGUUCGAAUUGCUGCUAUUUGUAGAAUGUGUAAGACUCGUUUAUCUGCUAGAUCUUCUGCUGGUACUGGGCAUUUGCUUAGACACCAGAAAGCUUGUAAGAAGAAGGUUGAUCACGCUGCUAGGGUCCAGUCUAGGCUUGCUUUCAAUCCUGAUGGUUCUCUACACAAUUGGGAAUAUGAUCCUAUUUUUGCUCGAACUGAGUUGUGUCGUCUGAUUGCUAGGCUUGACCUUCCAUUAGGUAUUGGUGAGUCACAGGCCUGGGAGGAUUAUAUUGCCCGUGCUCAUAACCCUAGGUUUACCAAAGUGUCUAGACAGACCACCACUAGAGACCUUCUGAAGCUUUUCACUGAACGACGUAAUGUGCUUAUCAAUUCUGUGUUGCCUACUACUUCUUUGGUUGCAUUAACCUCAGACAUUUGGUCUGGUAAUGCUAAGGAGGACUACAUUAGUUCUGGACCCUAGAGCUAAGAUGAGAGGUUUUUUUAAUGUGUUGCAUUUACUUGGAGAGUGCACUGGGUGUGAGUACAGUACAUAUUAUGCUGAUGUAAAAAAUGAAUUGUAUAAACUGUUUACUAAAUAUGAGACUAAGUUUGGUGCAGUUAGGGCUCAAAGGGCUGCUCAGCCUUCUAUUCAUACAGGUAAAAGAAAACAAGCUUGGGGAAGAAUAUUUGGAGAUUCCAGUUCAGGUGUUGUUGGUCCUCCCCCUAGCUCUACCCCUUCUGCUUCAUCUUCAUCUGCUAUUUGUGAGCUCUCAGCCUACUUAGACAGUGACAAUGUCACUUCUUAUGAGGAUGAUUUUGAUAUACUUCUCUGGUGGCGUGACCACAAGCUAACAUAUCCAGUUUUAUCCAUAAUGGCAAGGGAUAUUAUGUCUGUUCCUGUAUCUACUGUCUCUUCGGAGUCUUGUUUCAGUUUGACAGGGAGGAUAAUCGAGGAGCGACGACGACGCUUAUUGCCUGAGAAUGUGGAGAUGCUGACUUGAUUAAAAGAUUGGGAAUUAGGAGAAAAGAGAGAACAACAUGCUGUUGACAAUCCAGAGCUUGAGGACUCAUUCUAGAAUUUAUUUCUUGAUGAAGAUGAACCUGUUGCUGCUUAGUUGUAGUCUUCUAGACUGUGAUGUGGUCAUCUGACAUGUGCUUUCACUGCUUUGUCAUUGAGUGAUUGUGAGAGAGUCAUUUUGUAUUGUAAUAUACAUCUGUAACAGAUACAAAUUUAGUGAUUAAACUUUUGAGCUGGCUGCACUCUUUUUUCCUUUCUAGGGUUUCUCACAAGGGUGAGUUUUACCUAGAAAGGUUUUUAAUGAGGCAGCAUUGCACAAAACAGCUCAUUUAUUA